AUGGAGAAACAAUUUCAGCAGGAGUAUACUACUAGCAUGUUUAGGGAUGUUCAAGUGGAGUUUGUGAAAAAGGCUAAUUGCAGAGCAUCAGUAGUUACGGAAGAUUGGCCAGUGGUACGCAUGAAGGUGGAAGAGGAAAAAUUAGUAGAUGAUACUAUGAUCUGUGUUUCGUAUGUUGUCCACUUUGACCGCUCCACACAGGAGGUUCGUUGUGAGUGCAACCUUUUUGAGAGUUCAGGUGUGUUGUGCUGUCACUGUCUUGAAGUUUUUCAUUCGUUUAAAGUGUAUAAAGUACCUUCCUGCUAUGUUCUCCCUCGUUGGAGCAAGAAUAUAAAGCGCAAGCAUACUUAUAUCAAGAGCAGUCACGACGUCAGUCGGUCAGAUGUGAGUCAUAAUGAAUUCAAGGAAUUAUGUGCACACUUUUACAACAUUGUGCAAGAGUUCAUAAAUGACGAGGAUGAAACUAAUUUGCUGCAUGCUGCUUUAGAAGAAACAAGGUCCAAGUUGAGCGAGCACCGUGCUAAGAAGAAGUCCGAGAGCGUGGCGGAGAACCACACUAGCAUUGGCUCACAACAUUCGAAUGUUCUCGGUGUUGUCGACAUCCAAGCACCAUCGUUGGUCACUACAAAGGGCCGGCCAAAGAGUAAAAGGCUCGGAUCAACCCUUGAGAAGUCCUUCAAGAAAUCUAGUCGGAGGAAAAACAAGAACGCUUACCCGGUGGUUCGUUCAAAUAUAUAUCAGGAUACAAGUAUUGGUGAUCCUAUUGCCCGGACUGUGCCUGAACAAGUGAGGAGCUUUAUGUCUUUGCUAAGCUCCUUUGACAAAAGUUAG